AUGUCCACGGCCGCUCUUGUGCUCACCGGGGCGGGCGGUGCAGCUGCCCAGCUAGGUACUCUCACUACCCUGCUACCCACCAGGAGGCAGAAGCCUACGGCGCAAGCCUGGUGGGUGAUGCCCAAGAAACGCGGCUUUCGUGGUGGACCUGAGCCCUGGACGCGAGCUGACUCAGCGUUCCUGCCGCUCCGUGCUGAACACAGCGCGGCACACUGCUGGGCUUACUCCUCACGGCAGCCCAGCCUGCCCUACAUAGUCCAGGAGGAUGAGCCCAGCGGGUCCCAGUUCUCAGUUCCACGAGACACCAACGUCGAGGAUGCAACGGGCUAG